GCCACUCGCCGCCAGUCGUCAGUUGGACGUCGUUGGAACAAGUAAAUUCGCGCAGCUCGUUCUCAACUGUAUCUCCAAUAAUUAUUUGUUUAAUAAGCAACAAGUUGUCGAUCGUAUGAUCUAAUAUACUCUUGAGUGUGCAUACACCAUGACCUCUUACAUUUGCCUCCCGUUGGCCCUUAGACAGGCCAAGCUCUUGGCCACGCGCAGCUUCAGCGAGCGCUUGCUUCACCGGAAUCUUUCGGCCAGCCAAACACUUUACGACAAACACGAAUGUAAAGUUUUGGUUGUUGGCGGCGGCGCUGGAGGCUGUGCUCUGGCUGCGAAGCUCUCCUCUCGGUUGGGCAAGGACAAGGUGAUCGUCGUGGAGCCCGCUGAUAAACAUUAUUAUCAGCCGAUGUUCACGCUAAUUGGGGGUGGCAUGAAGCGUCUGGAGCAUUCUUACAAGUCCAUGGCCGAGGUGCUGCCCAAGAAAGCGAAGUGGCUACAGGAAGCGGCUGUUGAAUUCGAUCCGGAUAGCAAUACAGUGAAGACGUCCGGCGGAAACACCAUCAAGUACGAUAUGCUGCUGAUAGCCACAGGCCUCCAGCUGAACUACAAUAAGAUACCCGGACUGGAGGAGGCGCUGGCCAUUCCCAAUGGCAAAGUGUGCUCCAUCUAUUCGCCCAAGUAUGUGGACAGGGUAUACGAUUGCCUGCGUAAUAUUCAAGGCGGUGAUGCCAUCUUCACGUAUCCAUCGUCCCCUGUUAAGUGUCCGGGUGCACCACAGAAGAUUGUCUACAUCGCGGAACACUAUUUCCGCAAGCUGGGUAAGCGAAAUAACAUAAAUGUGAAGUACAAUACGGCUCUGCCCGUGCUCUUUGGUGUUAAGCACUACGCGGAUGCUCUCUGGCCCAUUGUGAAGAAGCGUAACAUAACGGUAAAUACACGCCGCAAUCUAAUCGAGGUCAAGCCCGGUCAAGACAUUGCAGUGUUUGAGAACUUGGACAAUCCCAGCGAACGCUUUGAGGAGAAGUACUCCAUGUUGCACGCCGUACCGCCGAUGAGUGCGCCGGACGCCUUGACACGCUGCAAGCAGCUCAUCAACGAGGCAGGCUUCGUGGAUGUGGACCAGUCCACACUGCAGCACAAAAAGUACCAGAACGUAUUCGCCAUAGGCGAUUCAUCUGGUUCACCCAACUCCAAGACUGCCGCCUCUGCAGCUGCCCAGUCACCGGUUGUAUUUCAUAAUAUGAUCUCAGCCCUAGAGGGUAAGCCUCUUAAAGACGUCUAUGAUGGGUAUGCAUCGUGCCCUCUGGUUACUGGAUAUAACAGCGUGAUAUUGGCCGAGUUCGAUUAUAGCUUGACGCCUUUGGAGACGUUCCCAGUGGCCCAGAACAAGGAACGCUAUUCCAUGUUUAUCAUGAAGAAAGAUUUCAUGCCGCUGCUUUAUUGGAAGCUAAUGUUAACGGGAUACUGGAACGGACCUGCUCUCAUGCGUAAUCUGUUGUCUGUAUUUAAAUUCGGCAAAUAAGGGUGUUUCUCUCAAAAUACCCACAACAUAUGAUCUACAAAUGCAAUAACUCUUAUUUUUUGUAACUUUUAUAAUACACGCAUUUAAAACAUUGAAAA